AUGGAUCUACCAAUGAAGAUAUUCACUCAUUCUUCAAAUCGUAAUCAGUUUGCUUGGAAUACCAUCAUUAGAGGCUUUUCAAUUAGUCAAAACCCAGAAAAAGCUCUUCACAUAUUUAUCAAAAUGCUUAGAAAAACUAUUGAGCCUGAAAGCUUUACAUAUGCUUUUGUACUUAAAGCGUGUGCGAAGAUGAAUGCGUUUCAGACAGGAAAAUCUGUUCAUGUUAUAGUAUUAAAGAAUGGGUAUGGAAAUCAUUUGUUUGUUGCUAAUACUAUGAUUCAUUUUUACGCUUCGUGUGCAAAUUUGGGUUCUGCAAGGAAGUUGUUUGAUGAAUUGUAUCAACCAAAUGCUGUGACGUGGAAUGCUUUGAUCUCGGGUUAUGUACAGAAUGGCUUCGCUGAUGAGGGACUGAGGGUGUUCCAUUUGAUGCGUUCUGAGGGUAUUAGACCCGAUGAUGUGACUGUUGUUGGUGUGAUUUUGGCAUGCGCUCAAAAGAAGGAGCUCGAGCUAGGAAGAUGGCUUCAUGGUUAUGUUGAUGAUAAUAUAGCUGAGUUUGAGAUGAAUUUGAAUGUUUGGACGGCAUUUAUAGAUCUGUAUGGAAAAUGCGGGCAGAUGGAUUUAGCAAGACAGGUUUUUAAUCAUUUGAGAAGAAGAGAUGUUGGGGUUUGGAAUGCACUUAUAGGAGUUUAUGUGUCAAAUGGGUGCUAUAGAGAAGCCUUGGACUUGUUCCAAGACUUGGAAAUGGAUGGGUUCGAUCCGGAUGAAACAACACUGAUUAGCACGUUAACUGCUUGCCGGCAUAUCGGAGAUCUGAAUGUUGGAAAGAAGAUUCAUAAAUGCAUAGAAGAGAAGUGCAGUACGUUUAAUUCAAUAUUGGGGACUGCCUUGGUUGAUAUGUAUUCAAAAUGUGGGUGCAUCAGUGAGGCACGUAAAGUUUUUAAUAAUACACCUAAACGGGAUCUAAUGACCUGGACAUCCAUGAUUUGUGGUCUUGCAGUUCAUGGGUAUGCACAAGAUGCACUUGAUCUAUACGAAGAAAUGUUAGGUACUGGUUUGAGGCCAGAUGGUGUCACACUUGUGGGUGUUUUAUGUGCUUGUAGCCAUGCUGGAUUAAUUGACCAAGGGCUGCAUUACUUUCAGUCCUCGAUGAAUACCUAUAAGAUUUCUCCUACUGCUGAGCAUUAUGGAUGCAUCAUAGACCUCCUUAGCAGGUCAGGACGCCUAAGCGAAGCAUAUGAAAUCAUCUGCUCUAUGAAGAGUCAACCAAAUCCAAUUAUUUGGAGGGCACUCUUAAGUGCUUGUAGAGUGCAUUCUAAUGUUGAAUUGGCUGAGGCUGCGAUUGAAAAAUUGUUCAAGCUAGAGUCUGAUCAAUCUGCAGAUUAUAUUCUCUUGUCCAAUAUUUAUGCUUCUAAUGGACGGUGGGAAGAUGUGGAGACGAUAAGAAGGAAGAUGCGGGGAGUUGCGCCGAGGAAGAUACCAGGGUUAAGUUUUGUCUAA